UGGGAGGCUUUGUCGCGGGAGGGCUGGUCAGCUACGCCUGUCCACUAGGAUAACUCAUGGCAAGCCCUGUUCCAUUGCGCCGAAAAUGCGACGAAGGCUAACUCUCUACUGUACAGUAACAAGUCGCUGCCCACCCUCGACCGUCCCUAAAACGCGCUCGUAGUCCAUGCCCAAGGGUACCUCAAACGAAACGACGUCGACCGCCAUCAUUCAAUAGUAUUCGCUAUGACCUGGAAGCCAGGCAGCGCAGCACGCACGCUCAGUCCUCACUCAUCGUCGUCCUCGUCGCCUACAAGCCGAAUGCAGUUGUCGCCGAACUAUCCUUCAAACUCUGCAAAGAGGGUGAAUCUGUGGCGGUCGCUGAGGCCUUUCACCAAGCUCAAUUACACGUUGACCGUCAAUCUCAGGAACUCGCUCAAGAAGUGAACCGUAUGGUCGCUGCUGGGAGCAGAUAUUGCCAUCUGGCACAGCGACUUAGAGGGUUAGGUGUCUUAGCCUUCCUUCCCCAAUGUGGAGGCCCUAGUCUCUGGGAGAACCAUAUAGGCAAGAGCGGUACCGCUUUCGAAAAAGUGGCUAAGAAACUUCAAGACGAUGGACUUCCAGCAAAAUCGGAGCCAUAUCAUGAGCUUGCGGGGGACAUCGUUGCAGUAGGCAAAGGCGACAUUUCUACCGCUGACUUGGUACAAAAACAUUGCCGCACGAACCGCAGUCCAGACGGCCCAGAGCAUACAAGGAAGCGCCCCAGAGUCGCCAGGGAAGAGGGAACUGUAGAAGCAUUUCAGUUGAGCAACUUACAAGGCCAUGGUAGAAUAAGUGAACCACCUAGCCAAAUGGGACCUGCAACCUUUUUCGCUCUACCUAGAGUUGCAGGUGAGCAGAGCUCAUCUACUCGGCCAGAGUCUACGGACUCAGCAGGUAUUGAAACAUCAAACCUUGUUCACCCUAAAGCGCUUAGUCUUGGCGAUUGCGUGACAGCGUCCAGACUGCGAUAUAACCUGGCGUCGACGCAAACGGUUGCAUGCAGCAACCGUUCAAAUAUUAAUCCGUCUGGAGCCAGAACAAAAGCCUUCGCUGUUGGAUACUGCUGAAGUAGUGGCAUCCCAGCCUGCCUGCAAGUGGAGACAAGAGCAGGUCAUCACGCAGAUUCUCACCGGAUGGAACACGUCAGUUCUC